AUGUACACCAUAUCAAGAUAUGUCGCCAGUUCGUUGUUCAUUCUGGUUUUACAUUUAAUAAGUGCCUCAUGCUUUACUGUAGACGAUUGCUUCAAGGAUGUACAAGAGGGACUUAGGGUCUGUAGGGCCUAUAUUCCAGUUUUUAAGUGGAACAUGGAGCUUCAAGAAUGCGAUAUUGCAAUUUACGGAGGUUGUUAUCCAACAAGUAAUAACUUUAAAACUAUAGAAGAAUGCCAGUUAGUUACAGAAUCAGUAUGUAAAAAGUUAAGAUAUUCUUAAAGUUGUGUGAAAUAUUGGAUUGACUUAAUAAUAAAGUUAGGUAUAUAUAAAAGA